UGUAGCCUCCGCUUUUCUCCUCCUCCGGUGACAGCUCGAGCUGCAUCCUAAAGCUCUCUCUCUCUCUCUCUCUCUCACACACACACACACACACACACACACACACACUGCUGCAGUCCCGUCACGUCCUCGCGCCUUCAGCGCGGAGCAGGAGAACAGGCAAUGCAUCGUAUGAGAACGCGCGCGCGGCUCAACCAGGGCGACAUGGAGAACAUCAGCGACCUCGUACAGUGAAAAAUCUCCUGAUAUUGUCCACCUUUGGAGGAACAAUGCUGUGGCUCAUCCUGCUAAGCAGUGUCAGCGUCGCUCUGGUCCGGACGACUCCCAUCCCUUUGCUGGAUGAAUCGGAGGAAAUUGAUGAACCUUGUUUCCAUCCCUGCUACUGCGAGGUGAAAGAGGGACUGUUCCACAUCCACUGUGAUGGCAAAGGUUUCACCAAUGUCAGCCAGGUGGCUCAGUCCUGGAUCAGACCAUUUAAGCUUUACCUACAGAAGAACACACUGCGCAAGCUUUAUUUUAACAACUUCCUGCACCUGAACAAUGCUGUAGCUGUGAACUUGGGCAACAAUGCGCUGCAGGACAUUCAAGCUGGUGCUUUUAAUGGACUAAGUUUCCUAAAGAGGCUUUACCUCCAUGAGAACAAGCUGGAAGUGUUCCGUAAUGACACCUUCCUCGGCCUGGAGAGCCUGGAAUACCUGCAAGCUGACUACAACGUCAUCAGGCGGAUCGAGAGUGGUGCGUUUAGACACCUCCAUAAACUCCGGGUGUUGAUCCUCAAUGACAAUCUGAUACCUGCGUUACCGCCGUUCCUCUUCAGAUCUGUCUCGCUUACACACCUGGACCUCAGAGGAAACCGCCUAAAGACUCUCAGUUACCGAGGUGCACUGGAGUACAUCGGGAGAAAUCUGAUGGAGAUCCAGCUGGAGGAGAACCCAUGGAACUGUGUGUGUGAUAUUGUUCAGCUGCGGGCCUGGCUGGAGAGAAUACCUUACACGUCUGUGGUGGGAGAAAUCACAUGUGAGUAUCCAUUCCACCUGCACGGAAAAGAUCUCAGAGAGAUCAAACGGCGCGAGCUGUGUCCCGCACUGACAGAUGCCGAACUUGAGGCCAAUCUAGGAAUCCCUCAUUCAGUUGGAAGAGUGAGACCAACCAAGCCGUCGUCUAUGUUCUCCGCAAACCAGAACACGGUGUCGUCUGUGGAACAGAAGAACUUGAAACCCACGCGAAGGCCAAGGCCAUCGAAAACCCCUCCCACACCGCGUAGCAUUUACCCAAACCAUCCUCCAAUUGCUGGAUAUGAGACAAGGCCGCCCAUCCCCAUCAUCUGCCCCAUCGGGUGCACCUGCAACUUGCACAUCAACGACCUUGGCCUGACAGUCAACUGCAAGGAGAACGGAUUCCACAAUGUUUCUGAGCUAACCCCACGACCGCUAAACGCAAAGAAGCUCUAUCUGAGCGGAAAUCUGAUCCAGAGGAUACACAGGUCUGACUUUUGGAAUUUUUCCAGUCUGGAUUUGUUACACUUGGGGAACAACCAAAUAUUUUACGUUCAGGAAGGUGCCUUUGGAAAUUUACCCAAUUUACGCAGCCUGUAUCUAAAUGGGAAUAACAUAGAGAAGCUAACAGCAGACAUGUUCCACGGCUUGCACAAUCUGCACUACUUGUAUUUUGAAUAUAACGAGAUAAAGGAAGUUCAGCCAGCGGCCUUCAGCUUGAUGCCUGCACUUCAGCUUUUGUUUCUCAAUAAUAAUCUUCUACAAUCACUUCCCAUUGGUGCGUUCAAGGGAACUUCGCUUGCUCGGCUUAACCUGCGCAACAACUACUUCCCUCACCUGCCAGUGGGAGGGGUUUUAGAACACCUUCAUGCUGUGGUUCAGAUUGACUUGAAUCAGAACCCCUGGGACUGUACGUGUGAGAUUGUUCCGUUAAAACAGUGGUUGGAUACCUUAAGCUCUGUGGUCAUCGUUGGCGAGGUGCUGUGUAAGACGCCAGAUGCCAUGCUGGGGAAGGAUUUGCGCUCUCUGAACAACGAAGUGAUUUGUCCCGAGCUUUUAAAACCCUCCUCGACUCCAGAUGAACGGGAUAUGGAGUUUUUGCCCUCAUUUCCUCCUAAAGCUGUCAUCCCUCUCUCCGUACUUGUCCUCAGCCUUGUCGUUCUGUUUGUCUCCUCAUUCUUUGCUGCUGCGGCACUCUGUACGUUUAUAAUGAAAAAGCGUGACAAGCUUCCAUUUAGAAAGCAGGAAGAGGCGGGGCUAACCGGAAUUCAGAUGGAGUGUGGAAUAUUUACAGAAACCCCACCCACUUUGCCUGAAACUCCACCCUCUAACCAUGUCUAUGAGUGCAUCACUGUGCCAGGUUCUCAAUGUGCAGCUUAUGAGCGUAGGCGAGAGGGGGUGGGACCUCUAGCGCUUUGCAAGGAGGAGGUGGGGCCUCUAGAGCAUAAGGUGGAAGGGACAGAUUGUGGAGAGAUCAGUUCCAAUUACAGAACGCCGCUCGAGAAAGAGGAGGAGUGGACAACUGUAGUUGGCCACACCCCCAUCAACACCGUGACGGAUAUAGCCAGUUUCCAUGGGAACGGAAUACUUUGUCCGACGGUGAUCGACAGCCAAGGGCCUACCCCCAAAGUGGGACUGGUCCACAGCCUUUUUGGGACGAGUCCCUGGCUGGGAGACAUCAGUCCAAAGCAAGCACUCACCGCAGAUGCAGAGGCGAGGACAGACUGCGCUAAUCAAACCCCAAGCAAUUACUCUACUCCAAUUACGCUGCCAAGAUCGUAUCAGUUUUAAAACAUUGAGGAUAAAAUAAAAGUCUUAACUUCCCCAUCGUCUUUCUUCCAGAAUUGAAUAAUGGUAAGACUGAAUGCCACGUUGCUCUGGAGGAACUCCCUGUACUCGGACUUUUAUAACAAGUGCCUUCAUGAGAGCAGCCAGCAACCAUGUAAAGAUGAUUAUUUUUAUACAAUUACAGUUUAUUUAUCUAAAACACAGGUUUAGGACAAAAGGACAAAGCUGCAAAAGGAAGAAACAAUGCGUCUGAACCACAGAUCUCCAUAUUAGACACCUACCUAGGUGAUGACAUCAUUAAUUACACUAAUGCGUGAUGAGGAAAUCUGAAAUAUAACGUAAACAGGAAGUUUGCGUGUAAAGGACUCGGGAGAUGUUUAACGAGGUUUAUUUACAGAAAAGUAAAGAACAGACAAGACACCAAACAACAAUCAUGCUGUGAACAAGAACAAUACAGAAUCAGUGGCAAGACUUUGCAAGGUUUUAAUGUGUUUCUAUAGAGAUAGACCAGGAAGUAAAGGGAAGCUGAGUACAGUGUGGCGAUUUUCUGUAUUAGGACAGUAUGUAGUGUUCAGGGGGAAG